GGCUGGUCCAGGGCCAGAGUGAGAGAGUUUCAGGUCGGUUGAUGGAAAUGUCACUUGUCUUUUUAUGCCAGCGCUAACAGGGGUGUGGAGGGUCGCUCGGUUGUGGUGCAGGAGUGCAGGCUGCUGGUUGGGGUCCAUAACGGCUGGGGUUGGGUGGAGAAGCCUCAUGUGUUGGUGCUGGAACGUGAGGCCGGAGGGAGUGGAGCUGCCAGGGCUCGUGGAGCCAGCGCAAGCGGCAGCUUCAGGCAGACCUCCACGGACAAACUCAGUGAUGGACUGUCUCUUCGUGGCAGUGUGGAGCUGAAGAUGAUGAGGGACAUGGCUUUCAGCAUCGUCUUCCAGCUCCAGUAUGUUCUCUCUUGUCCACUGGCUGGAGAUGGGCAGAUGACAUCCACAGCUGUGCCCAGAGCAGCGUUUAUACAGUGUGUGUGUUGGUGUGCUUGGAUUAUGUUUUCGGAUCCUGAGGGCCCCGGAGAGAAUGUGUGCCUCCACUUGCAGGGCGGUGCUCUCCCCAACCCUUGGGGUGUCAUGGUCUACUCUGCAAGCACACAGCAGCUGGUUGCGACUUCACGCUACUCGACCAUGAGCCACACGGUGGGGUCUCCAUGGCAACAACAGCUCCACUCUUUGCUUUCUCCCUCCCCGAUGGCAUCGGCCCACCAGCUGUCACAUGUCGAGCGUCCAGUUGCCGGCAGCAUAGCUCAUCUGGAGCUGAGUGUGCAGGAGAGAGAGGGAAACAGAAGUGAGGAAGAGGAUGAGAUGCAGGAGCUGACCUUCACUCCGGUGCACGCCCCUGUCAUCACCCUCGGAACACACUCUGCUGGCUCCUCCAGAUCGACCUCCCGGAGAUCUUUGGCCCAGCUUUUCUCCUCUGGUUUUCCUCAGAUCCUGGACAAUCAGAACCAGGUUGCUGAGGUUCUGGAUCCUUCUGAGCCUGUGAACUUUAACCCCCAGAGAGAAGAAGCAGAUCCUCUGCAGGCCAACACUCUCAUCCUUCAGUUCCUUGCUUUUACCAGGGUCCCACAAGCUGGUGUGAAUGCACUGUCCAUUUCACCUUCCAGCUUUACCGCUUUCCCCCUGUCACCACCGAGCGUCUGAAGCUGCUUAACCUGGAGAGGAACAGCAAGCUGAAAUCCAGCUCUGAUUACCCCUGUGUCCUCUCUGUUAUCAACAAGGAUGGCACACUUAGCUCUGGUUGUCCUGGUCUGCAGCUGCAGUACCGAGUUGACCCGCAAUUCCUCAAGCCAGGCGAAUGAUGCUGGUUUCUGCGAUACCUGGCACUCCACUCCCUGCAGAUUGAUGUCUGGGACAGCGAAUCCUUAAUGCUUAUUGGCUCAGCUGCUGUGCAGCUGAAGCAUAUGCUGCGUCAAGGCCGUGCAGCUGUCCAGGUGAACCAUGAGCUAGAAGUGAUCACUACUGAGUACCUGCAGGAUGCCAACUUUGCCAGCAGGCAUGACAACAAGCACAGCGCCACUCCAGCCAUCAAUGUCUACACUACCGUAAAAGGAAUUCUGCAUCUGCGGCUUGGCAACGUUGAUUCCUGCCUUUCCUUUUUGACCACAGAAUGUUUAUCAUUGCAAGGCACCAAUCAAUGCAUCUUUCUUUGUGGCAUUGUGAUUGUCGUCAUCAGUUCAACCGAAUAACAACAGAGACAGUCAGACAUAUCUCUAAUGGUGGCAGUGUGACAAGUUCCCAGAGUUCUUUGGCUCUUCCUCCAUCACUCUCCCAUGUGGUCCAACCAAGUGAUGCCCCUCAGGGUUUUGCGGGAGGAGUUGUCACUGCUUUAACGGUCCUCCAG